UCACAUGACGCGGAGGGCCAGCUGAUCAUCGCCGACAAGAUCACGACCGUCAACUCGAUCUGCUCUUCUAAUCCUACACGAAGAGCAAGAUUUUAGCUGUUAUAUGUCUAGAUUAAUAAUUCAGGAUUCGAGCUAAAGUUGUAGUGUUGAUUUAGGGAAGCGGGAGUGAACUGAAAAUCGCAGUAAUCGACAAAAAACGGAAAGAUGUCUGGAAAAGAAAGGAUCGACAUAUUCCCCUCCAGAAUGGCUCAGACCAUCAUGAAGGCUCGGAUGAAGGGAGCACAGACCGGCCGCAACCUGCUCAAGAAGAAGUCCGAUGCCCUCUCCAUGCGCUUCCGUCAGAUCCUUCGCAAAAUUAUUGAAACUAAAACCAAGAUGGGAGAGGUGAUGAGGGAGGCUGCCUUCUCAUUGGCUGAAGCUAAAUUUGCUGCAGGAGACUUCAGCACAACUGUAAUCCAGAAUGUUAACAAAGCCCAGGUGAAGGUCAGAGCCAAGAAAGAUAAUGUGGCAGGUGUCACCCUUCCAGUAUUCGAACACUACCAAGAAGGCGGAGACAGUUAUGAGCUCACCGGUUUGGCGAGAGGAGGAGAGCAGCUCUCGAGGUUGAAGAGGAACUAUGCCAGAGCUGUGGAGCUGCUUGUGGAGUUGGCCUCCUUACAGACAUCUUUUGUCACUCUGGAUGAAGCCAUAAAGAUCACCAACCGCCGCGUGAACGCCAUCGAGCACGUGAUUAUUCCCAGGAUUGAUCGCACCCUCACCUACAUCAUCACAGAGCUGGAUGAGAGGGAGCGAGAGGAGUUUUACAGACUGAAGAAGAUCCAAGAGAAGAAGAAGCAGCUAAGGGAAAGGACGGAGUUGGAAAUAGCCGCCCGUUUAGCUGCUCUGGGACCCAUCGCUGAGCCCGCCAACAUGCUGACAGAGGAGGCGGAUGAAGAUCUGCUGUUUGAGUGAGGAACAUUACAGGCCACCGACUUCACUAAUCCUUUUAUUUAUUCUGUGCCUCUCUGGCCACGUCUGCGUGUCUUUACGUCAGCGAUGAAAGUUGUUUCUUUCUUUUUUUUGGUGUCCACGUCGUGAUGAUUAGUUCUGAGUGUUUCCAGAUGUGUACAGGGAUCAAAGUGCUGUUCGGUAUAAUACACAAGUGAGACCAAAGCAGUCUCUAACAAAUUAAGCAAAUAUUACAAUGAAUAUGUUUACACAUGGUGUGCAAGUGAUGAUAAAGAAGCGUCCCGUGUGACUGAUCACCUUGUAGAUAUUCAAGUUUUAUCAUAUAUAGAGGCAUUGCAUGCUGUACAGCUUAAAGUGGUUGUGGAUUUCAGAGGGUGCGAGUGUGCGCCGUGGAGACCCGUCCUGCUGCUCACUUCAUAUCGUGCGGUUCCUGUUACCUCACUGGAGGCUGCUUACCAUUUCACCAGAAGCCCCAAUGUGACCCUGUUGUAAAAUGUGAUGUGCAAGUCAAAACAGCCCAACACUUCAUCCAAAUAAAGAUGUUCUAAAUAUUCAA